AUGUAUGUGCCCCGGCCCUGCAAAGUUUUCAUUCGAGACUGGCAAACUAAUGUUCAAUUUUUCAGGAAUUCGACCGUGUUGCCCUCGGCCACCUACUGGGGCCAGUAUGAGGAAAUCACCAAAUACAACGCCGACCUCAACGUUGCCGAGAGGAUGUGGGCAGCUUGGUACGCAUGGAUGCAAAAUGACGUCCUUGCCACCGGUAUCAUGUCCUUUGUGAUGCACGAGUUGGUCUACUUCGGUCGCUCCCUGCCAUGGAUCUUCAUCGACAGUCUGGGCUUCUUUAAGGGGUACAAGAUCCAGAGCAGCAAAAUUCCCUCCCUGCGCGAGCAGUGGGACUGCGCGAAAUUCGUGCUGCUCAGUCACUUCACUGUUGAACUGCCUCAGAUCUGGCUCUUCCACCCAAUGGCUCAAUUCUGUGGUCUACAAACUUCGAUCCCCUUUCCCUCUCCUUGGACCAUGGCCUACCAGAUUGCAAUUUUUUUCGUCAUGGAAGACACUUGGCACUACUUCUCUCACCGGGCUCUCCACUGGGGGCCACUCUACAAGGCCAUUCACAAGAUUCACCACCAAUACUCGGCACCCUUUGGUCUCGCCGCAGAAUACGCCUCGCCGAUCGAAGUGAUGAUCCUUGGGUUUGGUACCGUUGGUUGCCCCAUCCUCUGGUGUGCCUUCACCGGUGACCUCCAUAUCCUCACGAUGUAUAUCUGGAUCGUGCUCCGUCUGUUCCAGGCCAUUGAUGCCCACAGCGGCUAUGAGUUCCCUUGGAGUCUGCACCAUUUCUUGCCCUUCUGGGCUGGUGCCGACCACCAUGACCUACACCAUGAGAAGUUUAUUGGAAACUACUCCAGCAGCUUCCGCUGGUGGGACUACCUUCUGGACACCGAGUAUACUCCGGAUGCUUUGAAGCGUCGGAGGGAAAACAAGGCUGGUGCAAAGAAGGCUCAAUGA